CGCUUCAGCAGCAAAGCGAGGCAAGCAAGCAAGCAGCAGCAGCAGCAGCAGCCGCGACCAGCUAUCCGCAACAGCUUCUCCUUUUGUUAUGACGAGGAUCGCCUCGUCAUUGCGCCUAUAAACCCUGAAAGGCAGCAGCCGAGAAAGAGUGAGAGAAAGAAAGAGAGACGAGCUCGAGAGAGCGACUUUUAUACAUACAUUUUACCAAAGAUCAUGAGGAUUUGUAAUACGACUGCUCGUCGAGGUGGAGUCGUCGUUCUUCGCGCUUCCGAAUAGAAAGAAUAACUCGCGAGGCGAAAGCGGAUUCUCACGUCCGAUUCCACGUCGUGUGCAUGCAGUCCGAUGCAAUGAUGCAAAAUCCUGCUGCAGUAUCAAGAGUCAGAAUAUACAAGGUCACUAACUUUUGUUUGUGUAUCUUUCAAGCUAGUUAUCCAACCAGGCAGUGUUAGGAGUAUUACAAUUUUAUUAGGCUUUUAAUAGCCUGUAGAAGGGAUGAAUGGAACAAUAGCACUGCAUUGCGUUGGUGGCGGAAUCACCGAAACACCUCCAGUCGCCACAUUGGUUGUUUAUAAAGAUGAAGCUGGAUAUGGGAUGAAAGUUUCUGGUGACAAUCCAGUUUAUGUUCAAUCUGUUAAAGAAGGUGGUGCAGCAGCAAGAGCUGGCUUAAGCCCAGGUGACAAAAUCAUCAAGGUAAACGGAGUUAAUGUGACGCAGUCUACCCAUACACAAGUGGUCGAACUUAUCAAAUCAUCUGUGCAAGUAGUCUUGACUGUGCAACAAAAAUCACACAAUAUGUCUUCUGGUUUCUCCUCAUCACAGCAUCACCGCCCAACUAGCUUAUCAACCAAUUCUAAUACUAUUCCAUCUUCAGCAGUAACUUUACAACACAGAGUUUCAACUGGGCCAACAUGUACAGAAAGAAUAACUGGUCCACAACCUGUUGAUUUGGAAAAAAGAAGACAAUUAGAUGCGGAGCGUGUAAAGACUCUACAAUUAAUGUUGGAAGUUGAACAAAGUAAUGUUGACAAGCUUCGCAGUGAACUUGCCAAACUGGCUAGCCAAGCAAAUUCUGGUAAUGCUAAUAACAUAGUAGCCAAACAAGCAGAAUUAUCAACAGCAGAACGUCGAUUGAAAAAAUUGCAGGAGCCUUUAGAUCGUCAGCUUUGCGCUAUGGUAAGCUCGCACAACAGUAGUCUGAGCAGCGGCGGCGGUAGUUGUUGCGAUUCUGAGACACCACCGCCGCUGCCCUCCCGCAAGUCCUUAUCCACGCUGAGUCAAUCUCCGCCACCCUUGCCACCGCGACCGUCUCCCAAUAACUCAUUGAGCUCUAGUAUAAACUCGUCGCACAUGGUGUUUGAUCAGGGGAGAUCAUACUUAACGACUGCUACUGGUUCGCAUAAUUUUUUCACACAAGCGGCGACCUCGUCACCGUUGAGCGGAAAGCAUCAGCGAGCCAAGUCGUCACCCGAACAAUUGGGCAAUGUAUCGCCAGCCGAAGCGAGUCGGCGCCUCAUCGCGUCGGAGUCCAUGGGUGAAUUAGCCGUCGGGCAGAGCAGAACGCCGACGUCGCCGUUGACGCAUCAGCACUCGGUGGGCCACCAUCAGCAGCAGCAUCAUUACCAUCAUCAGCAGCAUCAGCACUACCAUCAUCGACACAGUGGCAUCGAUCUCGACGACCCGUGUUGCGGAGGUAGUGGUUUUCGCACACCGCCCGGGACUCCUCCGCCGCCAUAUCCCGCACCGAUUCUCGCCGACGUUUCGUCAUCUACGCUUAACGAGGGUAUUACGGACAAUUUUACCAUGACUUCCUCAUCAAGAUCGAUGCAAAGUUCACUAGAUGCUAGUACUCCCGGUUUGGGAAUGAUUCAACAGCCAAUCAUGUCAAUGGAAGAUGACGAUAUGAGCGAUCAAGAAGUUGGACAAUUGGAGGACCAUGGCCCAUUUAAAUCACUCUCUAAAUUAUGGAAACAUCACGCUCAUCUGGCUGUAUUUAUGAAUUAUGUUCUUUCCAACUGGGAUCCCUCUAGUCUGCUAUUUUAUCUCAUAACCGACCAAUACAAAGAGGGCAAUGCAAAAGAGAUGCGGAAGUGGGCAUAUGAAAUUCAUUCAAGUUUUCUUGUUCCUGGAGCUCCUCUACGUCUAAACAAUGUAGACGAAAAUGUCGCUCGUGAGAUUGAUGACGUGUUAUUGAAAGAAUCUGACAAAGAAGAAAUUCUCCGAAAAAUAUUCUGGAAAGCUAGAGUUAGAGCUAAAGAGGAGCUUAAUGAGCAAUUAGCCGAUUUUCAACUCAAAAGAACUGCUGGUUUAGGAAUGUUGUUUGGUCCAAAGGAUGCAUUACUCGAUGAAAGUUCGACUGACAAGCGUAAAGAAAUAGAAAUUAUUGAAAAAUUUCUUGUACCAAAAAUGGAUACGUAUUCUGAGGAUAUCGAAAAAGAAAAUAUUGAUCAGAAUGUCGAUCAACGCAAAUUCAUUACCGCUUGCAGUUUAGCUACAGUCUUGACAAAAGUAUUUAAUGUACGACCUGGGUCUGUGGAUCGCGUCCCAACAUUCGUUGCAAAAGAUAAAUCUAACAUUAAGGCUAGAUUGAGCAAUGCAAAAGCAAGGAAAAUGGCUUUAAAAGGUCAUCACUUUGUUGCCCACCAGUACUUCACGGUCACGUAUUGUAAUCACUGUCAAUUCAUUAUUGGUGGAAUAGGUCCUCAAGGUUAUCAAUGUGGAAACUGUCAAUUAAAUGUACAUCGACAAUGUGUACGUAUCGUUGACGAAAGUUGUCCUGGUCCUUUGGUCAGAAAAGAAAAGGGCAAUGACCGAAUAAGUAAACUGAUGGAACGAAUUCGUCCGGAGAAAAAACCACCAUCGCAUCAUCAAAAUCAAAUGCAUCAUAAUGAUCGGAGUAAAAGAGGUGAAGAUGAAUUGAGCCCACUUGGCGAUGGUGAAAAUGGCGAUCAUCGGGGCAUCGGGUCGGCGUCGGGUUGCACCGGAGCUGCGGCCACCUCGUCGGCGACGGGCAGCGGGUCGCGAUCGAGCAUCGGUGGCUGCGGCAUUGGUGUGAUCGGUAGCGGGGCGGGCUGUGGCGCUGCUUCUGCCAACGAACUUCGCCGAAUUUCCGGCUUCGAUCACGCCGAUAGCAUGGACGAUCCCUCAUCGAGGGAAGACAUUUCCGAAAUGGUGCAGCAAAACAUUUCCAGUAAGCCAAAGACAUCGAACAUAAACAGGUCUGAGAGUUACAAGGAGCGGAUACAUAAUAAGAGACACUUGCGUGAGAAGCGAAAAACGAGUGAUCCAAAUCUAUCGAAGACCAAUGACUGUGAUGGAAGCGGGGCAUUCCCAGGCAAUUCGGCAGGCAGCUCGUCGAACAGCAGUCUGUCGACCCGCAGCCUCGACAGUCCCAGUAUGAGCUUAGAACAGGUUCACCCAUCGGCAUCAGCGUCUUGGGAUAGCGAUGUCGAUGUCGAGGCAGACCCACCGGACUGGAGUCAGAGCGUCACUGAAGAAGUCCUUGCGAGUCUUAGCAAUACGGAGAAAAAAAGGCAAGAAGUAAUUAAUGAAUUAUUUCACACGGAGCGGUCGCACGUUCGGGCGUUGAAAGUUCUGUCACAAGUCUUCCAUAGGCCGCUACUAGAAGCGCAAGUAUUGCCGGCCGACCAAUUGCAGUUGCUUUUUUCGAAUCUCGACGAGAUGGUUCAGCUUCACUCGCAGUUCAAUCAGGCAAUGAAGCGCAAACGCAAGGAAAAUCCCUGCGUCGGCGACAUCGGCGAUCUUUUGCUCGACAUGUUUGACGGCGAGGCAGGAGAAGUUUUCGAACGCGCUGCUUCGACGUUCUGUUCCAAGCAGCAGGUGGCCCUCAAUGCGCUCAGGGAGCAACGUCGAAAAGACCCUAAAUUAAAUACGAUCCUCAAUGACAUCGAGGCUAAUCCACUAUGUCGCAGGCUACAGUUGAAAGAUCAUAUCCUGACAGGUAUGUUGCGUCUCACAAAAUACCCACUGUUAUUCGACAACCUGGCCAAAUACACGGCCGAGCAAAACGAAAAGGAACGUACGGCUGUGCUGCGCUGCUUGGCUCGUAGUCGCGAGAUUCUUCGGAGCGUUAAUCAAAAAGUCAAAGAAUCCGAAGACCAUCACAGACUUGCUGAAAUUCAAAGAAUGAUCGAUCGUUCAGCUUUCGACAAAGUUGAGCAUCCCUGCGUUCAGGAAUUCAAGAAUCUCGAUAUUACUAAGCGUCGUCUCAUCCACGAAGGAGUACUCUUGUGGCGUACUGUCACAAAAAAACCAGUCGAGUUACACGUUGUAUUGAUGGACGACACAAUUCUCUUAUUGCAUAAAUCAGAUGAUGAUAGAUUAGCCCUGAAAUUCAUUUCUCACAUGAAUUCGGUUCUAAGUCCGAUCGUCCGAGUAUCAACAGCACUUGUCAGGCACAACGCAGUCGAUAAAAACUCAUUGUACUUGGUCAAUACAUCCCAAAACGGGGCGCAGAUUUAUGAACUUGUGGCACCUUCGCAGGAAGAGCGCAAGCUCUGGUACAAGCAUAUCAACGAAGCUGCCGAGGCUCUCAAAGAAAAGAAUGACAAAAGAAUGACAACGAGCAGUUCGUCUAAUGAUCUCGGCGAAAGCGCUGAAGAUAAUCUGUUGCCAGAGACGCCUUUCAAGGAAAAUAGUAAUAACGAAGCGAAUCACGCGAAUAAAAAAGAAAGCGAACCAGAAAAACGUAAGGAAACAAGUACCGUUGAACCUGUUAAAACAAACGAUAGUAAUUUGCAGCAGUCAUCUUCGGAAUCUGUUGAUUCUGCUAGUGUUGUUUCUCCGGAAAGUACAACGACUACUGAAAAUAAAUCUGCAGCGCCGGUCGCUGAAGAUCAUAAAAAACAACAGACCGAAUCAGAAGAUUCAAAUUUACAUCAACCAAGUGGCGUAGAAUCAUUGCGACUUGUCACUUGCACACAAUGCUCGCUUAUUGAUCCAGUCGAGGUUCACGUUGAAGAGCGUCCUGUACACGUUGCUGAACCUGUAUUAACACCUAUCGAAUCGCUCCGGCGAAUAGACGAAACGGUCAAGAAAGCUUUAGUCGAUAAACAAAAUAUAAUUUCGAAUAUAUUGCAUGGAUCAAAAAGGAACGAAGCUGAACACGCUGAUGAUUCAAUAAAGAAGGAUGCUGUUCUUACAGAACCACAAGAGCUUAUUGUCUCUGCGAUAGAACAAACAAAUCGAUUAGUUACAAUGAUGAAUUCAGCAUUAACGCUUAGCGAAACAGAAACAGUAUUGGCGUCCCAGAGCAGCAGUAAUGCAGGUAUCAAUGCAGCAGCAAGUUGCGAGGCGACAGGAUGCCCCACACCACGACUUCAUUCACGUACGAACUUGGAACCAAGUAUAUCAGUAUCCAAAAUACAGCCUAUAUGCACGACGAUUGCGUCACAACUAGUACAGUUACUUGAAAUUAUUAAAGAUAGAGAUGAAGAACGAGAAAGGUUACGAAAAGAAUUACGGCGAAGUAGAGAACGUUUGCAUGCGAUUGAUGCCGAGGUGCAACGUCGAGAAACAACGGAUGAAUUCAAUGUUACUUCUGAACUUUCGCUAAAAAAUGAACAAAACACAAGUGCUGAAAUAACUGAUCAAAUCGUCAAAAAUGAUUGCAGCGACGGACCGAAUCAAGAUACUUCCGUCGACACUGAAAUUGUGACAGUACCAUCACAGCAGCCAGCAGUAGUAACAACUACAGAGCCAACAGAUAAUCCCAAACAAAGUUUAGCAUUAACAGAUUCUAAAGAAGCAAUUGAUAGUAAUGUGAGUGGACCUGUCUAAGUCCGGUACAUAAGACAAAGCAUCGUCGAAUCAUGUAUAAUUGUGUUCCGACGACUGCAAAAUUACUACUCUUUGUCCAGUGUUACAGUGAAAAAUGUGCGCCACAUUAAAAAAAAGAAGUACCCUGUUAAAAACAACUGAAAUUAAUUUGAAUUCACACCUGGACCCGUGGCCUAAGAGUGGGAAAUUAUAAAUACGAUUUACUUUACUUUAGACAAUGGGGGGCGGCAGCAAAAGCAGCAGUCACCAGCAUUUUAAUUCGCAUACGCAAGUUAAGCGUAUAAAUAAAUUUAGAUAAUCAUUUACCGCAUGCAUGAGUCGAAUGACUAACAGCAAUGGAAGCGUCUCACAUAAGUCUUGACACAAACGCGCCUAUACAUACAUUAUGCUUUCUUCAAUGAUUUCGUGCAACAAGAUUAUUAUGCAUGAAAUCCUUAAGAGUAUUUACGCGUCAUAAUUCGUGUUUUUUUAGACGUAAACACUGUCUAUCAUGUCUUUCCUAAUUUUAAAGUAAAUACAACGCCGGUAGAUAAGGAUACGUACGCAAAGUGCCUUUAUAAUUUUUACACAAUUUUAUAUCGAUAUUAGCACAUUUUGGAUGUACGAAUAUUGUGUAGUUGAUAGUUUGUACUGGUGUUUAUUAUGGAAUUUUAUAUAUCAAAUAUACCAGAAAAGUCUUAUUGACUCUUUGUAAAGCUAUUAUUACUAAACUUUGUAUUUAAUUUUAAAAAGGGCAACAUAUGAUAUGAGUUGUAAAGUGCAGUGUUACAAGAUAAAAGAGCUCAAUUGAAAACAUUUUCAACGAAAGUAUGGUGAAAUUACGAUUUGAGGAAACGUCUUAUUGAUUCCUUAUAAGAUCUAGGAACUUAAGCGUAAAAUUGUUGAAAGUUUUGUGUAGUAAAAAGUGGAAUAAAAAAUAAUUUGUAAAACUUGAUACUCUUCAAUUUUACAAAGUAUUUUAAUCACUAUAUCAAACUACAAAUAUAGCUAUAACAUGCAAAUCUUGCUUAGUCAAACUGACACCGUCGUUGUUUCUCUUGAAACAAGCACGAAAUCAUUGAGUGGAUGUUACAUUCUUUGUUUCUGGGUGGGAUAUACAUAUUUCAACAUCAUUAAAAUAAUAGUAUAGAAUAUAAAAAAA